GAGAAAAGGGCCAGGCAAGGUGUUUAUGCGGUCUGCUCCCAGAGAUGCAGCUUGAAAAGCCAGACUGCUUCUGACAGCACCGCCGCCUGGAUCCUGGAUCCUUCCGGAGGGCAGUGGAAACAAAGGGCCCAUCGAUCUGCAGGGUACCGCUUUGUGUAUUUUUCUGACAGACAGGGCAGGGGGCUGCACCUGAAUUCAUCUUGGGGUCAUGUGAGCGGAGAACUCGCUUUGAUUGGCCACUAGAAUAUUUCAGCUCAGCCAGCAGCUGAGUAUUAGUGGUGCACACGACGAGUUUUAACCCCUUCGUGAGGGAAAAUAUUAAACAGUCUGAUGAGGCAGAAAAUUCAGUGAAAAUCAAGCAACUUGGAGGCGCUAAAAGCAAACCAAAUCUGCAAAGUUUCAGGAUGAGAAACAAUGGAGCCAAUUGUGGCAUUUUUUUUUCUUAAACAGAGACUUGAUUAUCAACAUGAAACUUGAGUCACGUUUUCACCAUCGACAUACAUAUAUGGACAAUUGGUUUCCAUAGACUCCAAUACCACGUUUUUGAAGAGAAAUGGGAAGUGGCUUUGAGCAAGUUUUCAAUAUUUUUAACAUACCGUAUUUUCUGGACUAUAAGUCACUCCGGAGUAUAAGUUGCACCAGCCAUAAAAAGUAUAAUGAAGAAAAAAAAACAUAUAUAAGUCGCAUUUUGGGGGGAAAUUUUAUUAUUUUUCUUACAAAAUCUGAGUCCAAGCGUUUCACAUUGCAAAACAAGUACCGGUAACAAUAACAGAAUAAACAACAUGGCGCAGCAGGCGCCUUUGGCUGUGUCUCAAUUCAGGGUCUGCAUCCUACGUCGGCCAGAUUCGUCGGCCGGUUACGUCACAGCGCCGCGACUAAGCCUGUCCCAAUUCGAAGACUCCUUCAAAUGCGGUCGACGAAUGCGGCCUUCUUUUCGCCCCUCUGAAGGUACGGGACUCUGUUGGAGCUCGGAGAGAAGCGUAAGGACAUGCUGGAGAAGAGCUGCAAGAAGUUCAUGUUGUUCCGCAAAGCCAACGAGCUGCAGCAGUGGAUCAACGAGAAGGAGGGCGCCCUGACCAACGAGGAGGUCGGCUCGGACCUGAAGCAGGUCGAGGUCUUGCAGAAGAAGUUUGACGACUUCCAGAAGGACCUGAAGGCCAGCGAGUCCCGCCUGAGGGACAUCAACAAGGUGGCAUCUGAACUGGAGUCAGAAGGUCUGAUGGCUGAGGAGGCUCCUAUGGUUCAGGCUCAGCAACAAGAACAUCUGGGUUCUGCUCCUGGAAAGACCGUACGGUUGGGCGUUCAGACGACGGCUAACUUUAAUUCCAUCAAGGAGCUGAACAACCGCUGGCGCUCGCUGCAACAGCUGGCUGAAGACCGGAGCAACAUGCUGGGCAGCGCCCAUGAGGUGCAGCGCUUCCACAGAGACGUUGAUGAGACCAAAGAGUGGAUCGAGGAGAAGAACCAGGCCCUGAACACAGACAACUACGGCCACGACCUGGCCAGCGUUCAGGCUCUGCAGCUUAAACAUGAAGGCUUUGAGCGUGACCUGGCAGCUCUGGGUGAUAAGGUGAAGUCUCUGGGAGAGACAGCAGAACGCCUGAUCCAGUCCCACCCUGAGGCUGUGGAUGACAUCCAGGAGAAAUGCACAGAGCUGAACACGGCCUGGAGCAGCCUGGUGGGUCGGGCCGACCAGCGCAAGGAGAAGCUGGGGAACUCUCACGACCUGCAGCGCUUCCUGUCAGACUUCAGGGACCUGAUGUCAUGGAUUAACGGAAUCCGGGGCUUGGUGUCCUCCGAUGAGCUGGCCAAAGAUGUGACGGGAGCUGAGGCUCUUUUAGAACGCCAUCAGGAACACCGGACGGAGAUCGACGCUCGGGUUGGGACCUUCCAGGCCUUCGAGCAGUUUGGCCAGCAGCUGCUUGCUCGAGGGCACUACGCCAGUCCUGAGAUCCAGCAGAAGCUGGAGGCUCUGGACCGCGAGCGGGCAGACCUGGAGAAGGCUUGGGUCCAGCGGCGCAUGAUGUUGGAUCAGUGCCUGGAGCUUCAGCAAGGAUUUCUGGUGUUUGUGGCCGUUCCAGAGUGCACCUGA